AUGGAAUCCAUCCCAAAUCAGCUGCCGGCUGGAAGAGACUCCAGCUGUUCGCCGAACUCUAAACAAGACUUGCAGUCUUACUCUGGCCCAACGCUCAAGCCGAACCAAGUCAGUGAGACCUCUUUAUAUGGAAUACCGAUCGUUUCACUAGUCAUAGACGGUCAAGAGAGACUUUGCCUAGCUCAAAUAUCCAACACUCUCCUGAAGAACUACAGCUAUAACGAAAUCCACAACCGGCGCGUGGCCCUGGGCAUCACUUGUGUGCAGUGCACUCCGGUCCAGCUGGAGAUUCUCAGGCGCGCGGGGGCUAUGCCUAUUUCCUCGAGACGCUGCGGGAUGAUUACAAAGCGAGAGGCCGAGAGGCUCUGCAAGUCGUUUCUGGGCGCCCACAGCCCGCCGAAAUUGCCAGAAAAUUUCGCUUUUGACGUGUCGCACGAAUGCGCGUGGGGCAGCCGGGGCAAUUUCAUCCCGGCCAGAUACAACAGCUCGAGAGCGAAGUGCAUUAAGUGUUCGUUCUGCAACAUGUAUUUCUCUCCAAACAAGUUCAUCUUUCACUCUCAUCGCACGCCGGAGUCCAAAUACACGCAACCCGACGCAGCAAACUUCAAUUCGUGGAGAAGACACUUAAAACUAACCGAUAAAAACUCGCCGGACGACGUGUCCCAUGCCUGGGAAGACGUCAAAGCCAUGUUUAACGGUGGCAGCCGCAAGAGGACGCUGCCAAUCGGUGGGUCUGAUCGUUCGUCCUCGCUUAGUACGCAAGUACCGAGAGGUCAGACCCAGAGGGAACCGUCUGAGGUGCCCCACAAAACUCUCCGAUGUGAGGAUGACAGGGGGAACGUG